ACGGCGGUCAUGGAGGCCAGUGUCGGGCGCGCGCAUCCCGGUUCGUUACGUCACUUGAAGCGCCCUGGCUCGUAGCUCUGGCAAAGAGAGGAAGAAAACGACAGAAGCACUCUAGAACAAGGCUUUCCCCGCCGUUAUCAGCUCUCAAAGUGAUAACGGCCCGUCUACAACAAUAGAUGUAGGCACAGCCAUCUCACCAAACCGGACUAACCUCUUGUGGAAGAAGGAAUAUAACAUGACCAGAUUAAACGGAUAAAACCAGGCACUCUUCAACACAUGGUGAAAAUGAAACAUCUGCAUCUUUGAAUGCUUAAAAUAAGCCAAAAGUAGAUCACAGACCCUUCAAGAUUUACAAAAAUCAUCUUAUCGGUCCAUACUGUCAUUUUCUCUUCACUCUUGCCCUUCUCCGGUCAAAACCACCAUGUAUGGUAGUGCCCGAUCCGUGGGCAAAGUGGAGGGCAACCACAGCGGCGGGAGCAAUCAGAGUCCCGGCCGCUCGCCCCGUCUCCCUCUCUCGCCCCAUCUGGGCCACCGCCGCACCAACAGCACAGGGGGCAGUGGAGCGGGAGCGGGAGGUCCAGGUGGUAAAACCCUUUCCAUGGAGAACAUCCAGUCUCUCAAUGCUGCCUACGCCACAUCCGGCCCCAUGUACCUGAGCGACAACGAGGUGGUGGCGUCUGGCCCAGACCUGCCGAAGAGCACCAUGACGCUGGGCCGCUCGGGAGGACGGGUGCCUUACGGCGUGCGCACCACAGUCAUGGGAUCCAGCCCAAACAUCUCCACUGGGGCUCCCGGAUCCGUUCCCACUGAUGCCAUUGCUUUUGGAGACCACCAUAUGCCUUCCACCCUGGCGUCCACUGUGCCUCAUUCGUUGCGCCAGGCGCGGGACAACACCAUCAUGGACCUGCAGGCCCAGCUCAAGGAGGUGCUCGGGGAGAACGAGCUCCUGAGGAAGGAGGUGGAUGUGAAGGAGAGCAAACUCAGUUCCUCCAUGAACUCCAUUAAGACCUUCUGGAGCCCUGAGCUGAAAAAGGAGCGCGCCCUGCGCAAGGACGAGGUGUCAAAGAUUGCCGUGUGGAAAGAGCAGUACAGAGUCAUACAGGAUGAGAACCAGCAUCUCCAGAUGACCAUCCAGGCCCUCCAGGAUGAGCUGCGGAUCCAGAGAGAUCUGAACCAGCUGUUCCAGCAAGACCCCAGCGUUCGUCCCGGCGAGCCCCUGACUGCCGAGCUUACCGAGGAUAACUUCCAGCGGCUGCACGGUGAGCAUGAGCGGCAGGCCAAGGAACUGUUCCUCCUGAGGAAGACUCUGGAGGAGAUGGAGCUGCGCAUCGACACGCAGAAACAGACGCUCUGCGCUCGAGACGAAUCCAUCAAGAAGCUCCUGGAGAUGUUGCAGAGCAAAGGGCUGUCGGCCAAGGCCAGCGAGGAGGACCACGAGCGGACACGGAGGCUGGCUGAUGCUGAGAUGCAUAUCCAUCACCUGAAAAGCCUUUUGGAGCAGAGAGAGAAAGAAAUGGUCUUGCUGAGAGAGGAUCUCCACCGACGAUUUGAGGGAGCUCCAGAAUCUGCCAAAACCAAGGCCCUGCAGACUGUCAUCGAGAUGAAGGACUCUAAGAUCAGUUCUCUGGAGCGCAGUCUGAGGGACCUGGAGGACGAGAUACAGAUGCUCAAGUCAAACGGGGCUGUCAGCACAGAGGAGAGAGAGGAGGAGAUGAAACAGAUGGAGGUCUACCGCAGUCACUCCAAGUUCAUGAAGAACAAGAUUGACCAGGUGAAGCAGGAUCUCUCCAGGAAGGACACUGAGCUCUUGGGUCUGCAGACUAAACUGGAGACGCUCACCAAUCAGUUUUCUGACAGCAAACAGCACAUCGAUGUACUCAAAGAGUCUCUCACUGCCAAAGAACAGCGUGCUGCCAUCCUGCAGACUGAGGUCGAUGCUCUGCGUUUACGUCUGGAGGAGAAGGAGGCUAUGCUUAAUAAAAAGAGCAAGCAGAUUCAGGAAGUGUCAGAGGAGAAGGGCACCCUGAACGGAGAAAUUCACGACCUUAAAGACAUGCUUGACGUCAAGGAACGCAAGGUCAACGUGCUUCAGAAGAAGAUUGAGAACCUGCAGGAGCAGCUGAAGGAUAAGGAGAAGCAGAUGACCAGCCUGAAGGAGCGCGUCAAAUCCCUGCAGGCCGACACUUCAAACACGGACACGGCCCUCACCACGCUGGAGGAGGCCCUGUCUGAGAAGGAGCGUAUUAUCGAGCGUCUGAAGGAACAGAGGGAUAGAGACGAGAGAGAGAAGAGCGAAGAACUGGAGAGCAACAAGAAAGAGCUCAAAGAGCUGAAAGAGAAAGUCAGCUUACUGCAGGGAGAGCUGUCCGAUCGCGAGGCCUCUCUAUUGGACCUGAAGGAGCACGCCUCGUCCUUGGCCUCCUCUGGACUGAAGAAGGACUCCAAGCUGAAGAGUCUCGAAAUCGCUCUUGAGCAGAAAAGAGAGGAAUGCACCAAAUUUGAGAGUCAACUCAAGAAGGCUCAAUCUAUCGCAGUUGAGGCUCAGACAAAUGCAGGACUGUCGGAGUGCAUUUCCACACUUGAGCAGGAGGUGGCGCGUUACAAAGAGGAUGCUGGGAAGGCACAGGCCGAGGUGGACCGGCUCCUGGAAAUCCUCCGUGAGAUGGAGAAUGAGAAGAACGACAAGGAUCGCAAGAUCAACGAGCUGGAGAGUCUGCUUUCAAGGCAAAUGAAAGACCAAAGCAAGAAGGUUGCCAACCUGAAGCACAAAGAGCAGGUGGAGAAGAACAAGAACGCUCAGUUGAUGGAAGAAGCUCGUAAGCGAGAGGAUAACAUGAACGAGAGCUCUCAACAGAUCAAGGAUUCUCUGCGGCAGAAGGACGAGCGCAUCGAGGAGCUGGAGGAGGCCUUGCGUGAGAGCGUACAGAUCACGGCCGAGAGAGAAAUGGUGUUGGCACAAGAGGAAUCUGCCCGUGCAAAUGCAGAGAAACAGCGCUCUCAUGACCUAAUGCAUGACUCCGGCCACGCUGGCUUAAAGUGGCUCAAGAUGGAGGAGCUGUUGCCCACCAUGGAAAAGGUGAAGCAAGAGUUGGAGUCCAUGAAAGCCAAGCUGUCGUCUACCCAGCAGUCUCUGGCCGAGAAGGAGGCCCACCUGACCACACUGAGGGCAGAGCGCAGAAAGCACCUGGAGGAGGUGCUGGAAAUGAAGCAGGAGGCGCUAUUGGCAGCCAUCAGCGAGAAGGACGCCAAUAUCGCUCUUCUAGAGCUGUCGUCCUCAAAGAAGAAGAAGACUCAAGAUGAGGUGGCUCUGCUGAAGAGGGAGAAAGACCGACUGGUACAUCAGCUCAAACAGCAGACACAGAACCGUAUGAAGUUAAUAGCUGAUAACUACGAGGAUGACCACCUCAAGGCCUCCAAUUCUGACCAGACCAAUCACAAACCCUCUCCGGAUCAGAUUAUCCCCCCACUCAUAGACCUCAAUCAAAACCGCAGUAAGCUGAAACUGUACAUCAGCCACCUCACGGCCCUGUGCCACGAGAGAGACCCCCACAUCCUGCAGAACCUGGCCCCGCCCUCCGCAUACCACCGCAGCCAACAGGACGCCUGGGAGGAGGAGCUUCAGAAGAUGAGCCCCGAGCAGCUGGAAUCCGAGCUGGAGCAGUGUGAACGAGAGAGUGCCGAAUUACAGGAAUACGCAAACUCCGUCCUGCAACAGAUUGCCGAUCACUGCCCGGACAUCCUGGAGCAAGUGGUCAACGCUCUGGAGGAGUCCUGCUGACCGGACCGGACCGGAUCACGGAGCUCACUCUUCCUGCUUCUCCUUCCCUUUCUUCUGUGUUUCACAGAAUGCCAGCACACAGACACAAACUCUCGUACCCUCACCCACAUGCACAAAUCAAAGAACAGACACAUACGGGAAAGACUGACAGCUCACAAGUCAAGUGCACGCUUGGAUUGGCUUCGGGGUGUGCGUAUGGUGGGCUUUCCUUCUGCCCUCCCCUACCACCACAUUCAUCUCCUCCGCACCUUCAGAAUCCCGUUUACACUCACAUAAACAUGGGGAAGAAGAAACCGAAAGAGGGAAACGGGCGGCAGGGAAGCUUAGUAUUAUAAGACAUGUUCACUCAUUCAGUUAAACCCGUCCUGCGGGAGGUGAAGUUCUCUCUGUGAGGGUCAGGAAAUAGUCUCCUUAUCUUGAUAUACACUAUUGCCACAGCUUUUAAAAGCUGCAGGAUUUUGAAACCGUUUUGAAGCAAUUUAGAUUUUUUCCCCCUCCCUCCUCCUCUCCCUUUUUUCUAGAUGCUUUGUUACUGACGUUAAAUUAUGGGUCAUUCGCGCAGGGCAAAACUCCUGCACUCUCGAACCAUCUGGUUUCACUCAAAACUUGGUUAAUGCUCCAGUUGUGCCAGCAGACAGUCCGCGCGGACUUAAACAUAGCCUACUUUUACUAUCGAAGUCAGUAGCGGGUUUAGAUUACUGCAACCCCCACCAUCUGGGAAUUUACUAUUGACUUGGUUACUGGCCGAUUUCCUCCCCCAGUCUCGUUCAUGAAAGUUACGAAACGGACAAUAUGGGUAAUGUUAUCCCGUAUGCACCUGUCACCAGCUAAAGAAACCACAGCCCUGGUUUGUGUCUGUUAAAGGUGAGAGAAAGAAAAUUAUUUGCCUUGGAAGUUGUAGGUUUAUUGCUGCUAACAUUUGUCUUUGCAUGUGGCAGGUUUGGUUUGCUCGUGUUUUUCUAUAGCUCUCUGAUGAUGCCGAGGGCGGUAAAACAGCGGGUGUAUUGCCGACGCAGAUGUUGUGGACGCAGAAGUGCCUCAUCAUCAGAGAGCAGCUGCCACACAUCACUGGAAUAGGAAAAUAGGUACCUAUCACUCAUUCCAUACUUUGAAAACUAUGUGGUCUCACACUGGGACGAAGACUGGCGGUAGUUUUUCAGUUUGCUCGAUUUUGCUCGACAAGGUUUUUCUUGACGGAUAAGGUCAAAUAAGAGUAGCUGUUUAGAUACCCUCUUGCUUUAUUCCACUCUCUCUUUUUUUUGAACAGUUGGAAGUUGUUUUUUGCGGUUGCUUUCUGAGAUAUCAUCAAGCUUUGAUCCCAAGCAUCUCACAUGUACCAUCAUGCUCCUGUCUUUCUCUUUGCUUGGCUUCAUAUCAUCAUCCUCAGACCCGGGCAUCUCUGUUAGCACAGCCGGCAGGUGUAUCCUCUUUCACUUUAUGGUUAUAUGGGUCUAUAUCCGUUGGCAUUGGGUGUCCCUUUUUGGAGUGAUAAGAUACAACCUCGUUCAACUUGUGAUAAACGUGUUCGGCCGUUGCUUUAAAGUCCAGAGUCGACUUCCCCUGUGGAUGACACUGGGCGUAACGUGCCCUCUGCUCUUCUCUCUCUCUAUAUCUCCUCAUCUCUCCCUCAUUCAUGCCUGUGUGUAGUUUAUGGCUCUGACCUGCUGUGUUGUGUUAGUCAUACUCCUCUCUGCACGAUAAGCCCCACAGACAAGACAAACAGCACAAGAUCACAGCGAAUAUAAUCAUCUCUCUCUCACACGCUCCCGUAUCACCAUACCACCUCUCCUCAUGCCCAUACGCACUGGUUAUGAGGGAACCUGCCACGUGUUGUGGGGCCAAACGUGCGCUUUACCCAGAUUUGAUUGCACUGUGAGUCUCUACUCUAGUAGCUGUAACUAGUACUAGUAUAUUGUUCUCCAGAGAUUCAUGUUUGUUUGUCUCUGUGAAUGAUUUAGACUAAAAGACGGGUUUAUGUAUUUGGGUGAAUUUCAUAAAAACGCAUUCAAGUCACAUUGUACGCCAAAAUCAUAAGAAAUUAUAUAUUGCAUAAAAAGGAAUGAAGCUACAUUAUUUUUGCGAAAACUAAGCACGUUUUCUCUCAAAAUU